GAUUCUCGAUUUGGCGACGAAAUGCGAGGAACUGUAGGGAAUAGCAGUUCUUUCUUAUGACUAACAUAACACACGAGACCUUUUGUAAAUAAUCGCAAGGCCAAUAGCCGCGCUAGAUGGUAGCUUAUCUGCUUAAAUGCCUAUUAAUGAUGAUUUUCGUAAAGUGUGCCUAUCCUUGAAAAGUGCUCGAUCUUUUUAGUUUUGGAGUUUACCUCAAUUAAACAUUCCAUUGUGUUGUCCAGAAUGUAACAAUGUUUUAAAGACUAAAAUCGCUGUGCAGCGAUCACGAUUUUGUAAUGGCUCUUUCAAGAGUUUCGAAAACUGUUAUUCUUGUUGCUGUGGGAAUUCUCAUGGCUGUCAUGGGUUUACUUUCCUAUAUUAUGUUCCCUCGUAUUUUAAAAUGGCAAGUAGAAGAAAAUCUUAUACUGUCGCCUGAAGCUGAGCCUUAUGAAUUUUGGCGAGUGAUACCUGUACCUAUAUACAGUAAAUUUUAUUUUUUUAAUAUAACUAAUACCAAAGACAUUUUAGAGCAUAAAGCAAAACCUUUUGUACAGGAACUUGGGCCUUAUACAUUUAGGGAGACUCGUGAGAAAGUGAACAUAACGUGGCAUCCAAAUGGGACAGUAUCCUAUUUUCAAAUUAAGAGGUGGUACUUUGAACCUAGUAUGACAUCUGGUUCCUUGGAUGAUCUUAUAACGACAGUCAAUGUGCCUUUAGCUACAGCUGUGAAUAAGGGAAUUAGAUCUGGUGAUACUUUCUACUUAAAUGGUGUGGAUGCCAUGGCACAGCACACAAAGAGCACCCUCUACGUCACUAAAAAUGUACGAGAUCUAUUAUUUGAUGGCUACGAUGACGAAAUUUUUGAAGCGGUCAAAGAAAUGGGAAUCGUUGUUCCCUACGAGAAGUUUGGUUGGUUUUAUGCCAAAAAUGGAAGUGAUGACGGAGAAUAUACAAUAUUCACUGGGAGAAAUGAUCUCGCCCAGUAUGGAUACGUUAAUUUAUAUAAAGGAAGCAGUGUGGUGCCAGGUAGACAACCACCUUGUAAUAGUGUUGGCGGAACAGCUGGUGACAUGUGGCCGCCGUUCAGAAAUGACAAAAAAGAAAAAUUGGAUCUUUUCGUAUCUGACAUUUGCAGCACCCUUCAAUUGACCUAUCUCUCUGAAGUUGAAGUGAACGAAAUAGAGUCGUACAGGUAUUGGCUGGACGAAACAGCUUUCGACAACGGGAAACACAACGAGUUCAACUCUUGUCAGUGUUCCGAUGUGUGUAUGCCCCCUGGAGCAUUAGAUAUCGAGACCUGCCAAUUCGACACACCAGCUGUUGUUUCUUUUCCUCAUUUUCUUUAUGCGGAUCAGCAUUACAUGGACAAGAUAGAUGGUCUGACACCAGAUCCUGCAAAACACAUGUUCUUCAUUGACCUCGAACCUAAAUUGGGUAUUCCUGUAAAUGUUGAUGCAAGAUUACAAAUUAAUGUAGCCAUUCCAAACUGUGAUGAAUUAGAAAAUCUUGAACUGCCUGAUGAGAAGAUUUUCUAUCCUAUAUUUUGGUUCAGUGAGUCUGCUUCGAUUAACCUGGAGACUGCUGAGAAACUGAAAUUUGUGACAAAGAUGUUGCCUCAGUAUGUGACCAUCGGAUGUUUCUUGUCUGUUGCUUGUGGUGGAGUCAUUAUAAUUGUUGUUUUACAUCAAACAGUCAGGCAUAUCAGACAAAAACCCAAGAAACAAAUGGUGUACACAGCAGUUCGAGUCGUGCCUCAAAACUUCAAAUGAAAACAACGAACUUUGGUGCCAACAUUUUUAUAAAACAUGUAAAUAAACUUUUUUUUCUUCCACUUUUUAAUGUUUACUUUGUAAAUUUUAUGAUAUACACAUCUAGUGAUAUUAAUUCAGUUACAGAUUUAUUUCUUUUUAUAAAGUUAUAAAGGGCCAUCUAUAAAAUAUGUUUGCUUUAUAAAAAUGAAAAAAAGUUUUCUCAGACUUUGCCAUACAUGGGGAAAAAUUAGUUUUAUGUUAUGCUAUCAAAUUUUUAUGUCAUUACUGCAUUAGCAAACUCAAAAAUUAUUUAAAUUUUAUUAUUAUUAGGAAAUUUUUAUAGUCCUACAUAAAUUUUGUGUUUUGAUAAUGAAGGCCUCUGUAUUCAUAUUUAAUUGUUUUUUAUUAAUUUCUAAUUUUUCAUAGAGUUUGAAUAUAAUUGAGUAUUAUCUUUGGAAGUUAUUUAUAAAAAUUUUAAGUAAAGAAUAUGGGAGCGGCAUACAGUGAAGUGUGUAAAUUUUCAGGGGUCCGUCCAAGGCAAAUUUACAACAGUCCUUCACUAAUUCAACUUUGGGAAAAACGGUUGUUUCACAAAAUUCUUUUAAAAGAGAAAAUUCUAAGAUUCUCUUUCCCGCCUCUUGAUUUUGUUUUUGUAUCCCCUCAAUAAACUAUAAAUCCC